CAAUUCGGAUUUUGACAGUGAUUUCAAAUAACAAUAAUUAUUUUUGUGCAGUAUUUAUUUAUAAUUUAGUUUAGUUUAACUCAAUUUAACUUAUUUAUAAUUUAUUAUUGCACACAGUUUAGUGAAACAUAUUAUAUUUUAAUACACUUAAACAUCAAUCUUUACGAUAUCUUUCUAUAACCUAACUAUUAAUAAAAAAAAAACAUCGCCUCAAGUAUGUUUAAAUUUAAUUUUUCAAACAUUGAUAAAAUAUCAGAAAGUCGAGAUGAAAAUGAAACCGUAUGGUUAGGUAGUGAAGAGAUCGUGCCCAGCAAUCAAAUUAAAGAUCUUGAUGAUUUGGUGACAUGUGCAAAAAUGUUCACAUGUGGAGAAGUCGAAAUUGGACAUGUCCUGUUCAACAAAGAGACUUGUUCAAAAGAAUCAAAUUUGAAGAAACUAAUUGAGUUUUCAGAGGAUAAACACAGCGAUCUUGUUCCUGGCGAGUAUGAAGGUGGUCUAAAAAUAUGGGAGUGUACAUAUGAUUUAAUUGAAUACUUUGAAAAAUAUCCAGAUGAAAUAAACUUUAAAGAUGCCAAAGUCUUGGACCUUGGGUGUGGUGCUGGUAUUUUAGGAAUAUAUGCAUUUUUAAAAAGUUCUAUUGUGACGUUUCAGGAUUAUAAUAAAGAAAUUUUAGAAUACUGCACAAUACCAAAUGUACUUCUGAACAUAGAAGAGGAAGACAGAGAUGAUGAAAUCAAAAGGUGCAAAUUUUAUUCUGGAGAUUGGGCUUCAUUUGAUAAAAUACUUGACCAAUCAGAAGUAUUUGAUAUUAUACUUACAUCAGAAACUAUUUAUAAUCAACAAAAUUAUAAAAAGUUAAUAAACCUGUUUCAAAAUAGGUUAAGUGAUAAAGGUGUUAUAUUUCUAAGUGCUAAAACCUGUUACUUUGGUGUGGGUGGGGGUACAAGACUAUUUGAAAAAGCCAUAGACAAUACUAAUUUGAAAAGUGAAAUUGUCUUGAAAAUUAAUAGUGGAAUUCAGAGGGAAAUACUAAAAAUAAAUAAAACAUAAUAAUUUUAAA